UCUCUCUCUCUCUCUCUCUCUCUCUUUCCGUAUUAUAUUAAAUACUUUUUCCCCUUUUUUCCUUUUUCUUUUUUGGCCCCCUUCAAACUCAUCUCAUCGUUCAUCGGCCUCUUCACGCCUCCUCUCUCUCUAUCUCUCUCUCUCUCUCUCUCUCUCUCUCUCUAUAUAUAUAUAUAUACACACCUAUCACCCAUCCAUUUAUCUAUACAAUAACUCCAAGCGAGAGAAGAGGCCUCUGGUUCUUCUAUCUCCUCUUUUGUUGGAAUUCCUCGUUCUCGAUUGCAAGCAAUUCCCCCAUGGAAGAGGCACAGGUUGUGGAGUCCAAGGACGGAACUAUCUCCGUGGCUUCUGCUUUCGCUGGUCAUCAUGAAGCUGUACUAGACAGAGACCACAAGUUCUUAUCGCAAGCAGUUGGAGAAGCUUAUCACGGAGUUGAUUGUGGUGAUGGAGGCCCUUUUGGUGCAGUUGUUGUUCGUAACGAUGAAAUAGUUGUCAGCUGUCACAACUUGGUUUUGAAGAACACCGAUCCUACUGCUCACGCUGAGGUGACUGCAAUUAGAGAGGCUUGCAAAAGGCUUGGGAAGAUAGAGCUCUCCGACUGCGAGAUCUAUGCAUCAUGCGAGCCUUGCCCGAUGUGUUUUGGUGCGAUACAUCUUUCCCGAAUCAAGAGGUUGGUAUAUGGAGCGAAGGCGGAAGCGGCAAUUGCCAUUGGCUUUGAUGACUUCAUUGCUGAUGCUCUGAGAGGAACUGCAUUUUAUCAGAAAGCCCACCUGGAGAUCAAACGAGCUGACGGCAAUGGAGCCAUAAUAGCAGAGCAAGUCUUUGAGAAAACAAGGGAGAAGUUCCAAAUGUACUAAAAAUUGCUUUGUUUUAUUAGAAGACAACGGAGAGGCUUUGGAUUUAAUCAAUGCCUCCUGAUGCUCAAAAGGCGAAGCAAUUCUGUUGAAAAUUUCAUUCUUAAUAAUCACUCUGAGCGGUAACUCGUGGUUUCCGUUGUUAUGACAUUUUCUUUCUGGAAGGCAAAAUGUCUCAAAUUGUGUUUUUAAUUGAUUUUGUGAGUGUAGUUGAAUU